AUGGAAAAACUAAUGAAACCAAGUAUAUAUCUAACUAAGUUGUGUGACAAUUUUGUCCUCGAUGGUGUGGUUAACAUUGAACAUGUCCUGAGUAGAGCAGCAAUAUCAAGAUGCAUUAGAUCAGAUCUGUUGAUGUCUUACAAAAAGCUAAGUGUUAUGCCAUUGGAAUCGACAACAGCAAAUAAUGUUGCUUUGACAGAUGCUUACCUGGAAGAAGUAAGUGACCUCAAUCCAGCCGCGCUUCACUUCUUUGAUGAAAGUAGUGUAAAAAAGAUGUCAGGGAAUUGA